UCACGCGCCCGUCUCCGACACUCGUUCCGCGUCUGCCGCUAUUCUCGUUCGAACCGUACGUGUUUGUGUUUGUGUGUGUAUGUGAGAGAGUUCGUAAUCAGUACCCUACUGCGAACGAGCCUGUGCUAGUGAACCACCACAUCGAAUUUAUACUAUUUCAAAAUGUCGCAAAUAACAACCGAAAUUCGCACAUGCAAUUUGGAAUUUACUUCGCGCCAUAUCUGGAUAUCGUUGAAUACUUAACGUUUAAGCGAAUGUAGAAGAUAAAUACUAUACAAUUAAGUCCCACGACCAUAAACUAUGUGCCGGGUAAGGGCGAGUAGGACGUUCGAGCGCGAGGGCUGACGGCUCGGGGCCCGGGGUCGGUGCGAUGUGCUGGCGCGCGGCGGCGCUGGCGCUGCUCGUGGCGGCGGCGACUCGCGGCGCGGCCGGCGGCUGCGGCGUGGCGGAGUUCGCGUGCCGGAGCGGCGCGUGCGUGCGUCUGGACGCGUACUGCGACGGCGAGGCGCAGUGCGCGGACGGCAGCGACGAGCCCGUGCACUGCUCCGUGUGCAACCGCACGUACUACGGCCGCGUUGGUGUGGCGUACGGCGUGGCCGUGCGGGGCAGCCCGCGCGCGCCCUUCCUCUGCCACCUCACGUUCACGGCGGGCGGCGGCACCCACGGCGACCUCGUGCAGCUGGCCUUCGACGACUUCCGCGUGGGGCGCUACGAGGCGGGCGCGCUCGACGGCUGCCCGGACGGCUACAUGCAGCUAUCGGAGUUGGGCCGACCCUUCACCGGCGGCUCUUGGUGCGGCGCGGCCGAGGGCGUCGCGCUCUAUUACAGCGAAACGGCGACGGUCACCGUCUCGGUUAAGCUGUUUCGAGCGCGCCUGGGAGAACCGUUCGGGUUUAAGUUGAGAUACAAAUUCCUAGCGCAACGGGAUGCUAUAGUUAGGUUCGGCGCGCUGGAGGCCCCGCUGGAGCGCGGCGCGGUGUCGCCGGGCACGUACUGCACCCGCACGUACGAAGAGUGCCACCGCAAGCCCUGCCGACUGCAGAGUCCGAACUACCCUGGCAUGUAUCCUAGGAACGUGACUUGCUACUGGAGCCUGCGGCAGAAGGACAUCCCGACGUGCAAGCACGCCAUGAUCUCCGUGCGCCAGGAGCACUCGCACAAGAUGCAGAUCAAGCGAUCCAUAUCUAUGGCCAGCCUAAACAAGACGGGGCGCGCGGUGCGGGCGUGGCGCGAGUGCACGGGCGAGCGCGACCGGCUGAUCUUCUACGACGGCGCGUCCACGGACGACCCCGUGCUGGUGGAGUACUGCGGCGGCGACUGGCUGCCGCCUGUGACGUCGCGCGGGCCCGAGAUGCUGGUGGCGUUCCACUCGUCACCCUUCAGCGCGCCGCCGCGCGCCGCCGUGCCGCACGCGCCUUUGCGCGGCUUCGAGCUCGACGUCGACGUCAUCUUCGCUGACUCCGACUCGCUUGACUACGCGAGGGAGGCGCGGCGCUGCGAGUUCCACGUGAAGGCGUCGUCUUCGGACGAAGAGCUGGGCGCAGCGGGCGCGGGCGCGGGGGGGUCAGGCGGGGCGGGGGGUGCGAGCGGCGCGCGCGGCCGCCGGGGCCGCCUUCACGCGCCCACGCACACGCUGCCACCCAACACCACCUGCUCCUGGACCUUCCAUGGCCGACCCGGAGAUCUCGUGUGGAUAUACUUCUCAAGUUUCACGCAGUACUCGUUGGUAGAAAACAGAAGAGUCGAGAGCGGGGAACGCGACGAGGAGAGCGCGAUGACGGCGCCGCCGCGGGCGCUUGGGGGGGAGGCACGCGCGCAGGCACAGGCGGGCGCGUGCGCCGUGGAGCUGCGCGUGUGGGACGGCGGCGGCGCGGGCGAGGCGGGCGCUCUGCUGGGCCGCUACUGCGACGCCGCGCCCGCGCUGUGCGCGCGCGCCGCGCUCGCCAACGCCACGCGCCUGCCGCGCCCCUGCGCGCCGCCCGACGGCUACGUGUCCGCCGCCUCGCUCCUCUCCAUCUCGGCCACCACUCUACCCGGAACGGCGACGCACCCCUUGGCUUUCUCGCUGCAUUACGAGUUCGUGGACGCGAGGCUCGAGGGCGCGGCGCUGCCGAUCGCGGAGACGCGCGUGCGCACGGAGCCGGCCGAGUGCGCGCGCCGGCUGACGGUGCCGGGCGCGUUCGCGUCGCCGCGCAACGCGCUGUGGUUCGGGCGCGGCGGCGCGCGGCGGCUACGCUGCGUGUACCGGCUGCAGGCGGGCGGCGCGCCGUUGGAGCUGAGCGUGCUGGCGGCAGCGUUCGGGCGCGAGCCGCGCUGCGUGACGCGCGUGGACGCGGUGACGGGCCGCCCCGUGUGCUCGCCGGAGCCGGGCGAUACGCUCGAGGCGCGUCCCGGCGAUUUGCCGCUCGAAUUUGACGACGUCGACGAUGAAGUUCCUUCCUAUCUCCCACAUCUACGAAUUUACGAGUCGCCUUGGCCGGGAUACCGGGUGCCGGUGGCGUGCCUGUGCGACAACAGCAGCGCGCCGUGGAGCGCGGCGUCGGGCGGGCCGGCGCUGGAGCUGGAGCUGGUGGCGGGCGCGCUGAGCGCGGCGGAGGACCAGCGCCACGUGCACUUCCGCGGCGAGUGGCGGCGCCGCGCGGGCCCGCCCGACUGCGCCGCGCGCCGCCGCCUGCCGCCGCCCGGCCAGCACGUGCACCUGCUCUACCCCUACAGCUCAAACCGCAUGUCGGAGUGUGGCCCCGCGCCGUUCCUACUGGAGGCGCGCGGCAACCGCUCGGUGUUCCUGCGCGCGUGGGGCGAGGAGCUGCCGCUCGGUGCCGAGCCCGCCUGCCGCACCACCAACCGCCUGCUCGUGUACGACGCGCACACCUCUCGGCUGGUGAAGGCGAUAUGUCCGGGAGACGACGACGGCCGCACGGUGCACGUGUUCACGGAGGAGUGGUGGCGGCGCGGCGCCGGGCGCAGCGCCGCGCUGCUGGUCGCGUGGGCCGCGCGCGAGCCCGGCGUGGCGCACUUCGCAUGGAUGGAGGUGUGGCGUGCGGGCGGCGGCAACUCGUCGCUGUGCGCGCGCGAGUGCGCGGCGCUGGGCGCGUGCAUGGCGGGCGCGCUGUGGUGCGACGGCGCGGCCGACUGCCCGGGCGGCGCGGACGAGCGCGGCGCGUGCGGGGCCGGCGCGCGCCUGCUGGCCGCGCUGGGCGCGCCGGCGGCGGCGGGCGCGGCGGGCGCGCUGGCGGCGGCCGCGCUGCUGGCGCUGCUGCUGGCGGCCGCGCUGCGCCGGCGCCGCGCGCGCCGCGACAAGCGCCUGCUGGGCGCGCUGGCGGCCGGCCGCCGCUUCACGGAGGAGCUGCUGUACGACGGCUCGCGCGCCUCGUCGGCGGCGUCCUCCUGACGGCGCGAGCGCUCCGUCGAGUACAUCCACGUGGACCGCGAGACCACCGUGUGACCGCGCGACGGAGCGCGCCCCUAGCCUCGCGAUACGUUGACUGUACCCGCCCUCGACGUUGCCAAUUUUAAAGUAUUCACUGCCGAAAUGUCACCUUAGGGUACGAUCGUAACUUAAAACGAAGUAAUUAAGUGUACGUAUUAUAUUUCUUUUACUUUCUAUCCUUAUUCUGGACUCAGUGGGAAAAGUGCCGCCGAGCAUUAGUGUUGUGAUAUGAGAGGAUUAAAAGAGUUAUUAAAAGUGCGCCAGUGAGUUAUAUUUUAAGCGAAUCACUGUAUAAUGUAAUAUAUUGUAAGUACGUCUUCGGUAGAGUGGUGUACACAGUAGCGACUAUGGAGUUUCGUCGCCGGCGGACUCGCCCAUGCGUGUUGCCGUGCAACGUUGCGUGUUGCAGCGUAACGUUGCGUGUUGCUGCGUAACGUUGGGUGUUGUUGCGUAACGUUGCGUGUUGCUGCGUAACGUUGCGUGUUGCUGCAUAACGUUGCGUGUUGCUGCGUAACGUUGCGUGUUGCUUCGUAACUUUGCGUGUUGCUGCGUAACGUUGCGUGUAGCUCCAUAACGUUGCGUGUUGCUGCGUAACGUUGCGUGUUGCUGCGUAACCUUGCGUGCCGCGUGUUGUACUGGAACUCGUCAGUGUGAGGCUCGCCGGCCGCGGCCGUGCGACGUUUAUUUGUUAUAUUAUGUUGUUAUUGUUUGUGUAUAUUCUAUGAUGAUUUCGAUGAUCUAUCCCGUCCCUCGUUUUGACUUAAGUUGUGUAUCGCUAAUAUAUAUAUAUUAUUAAAAUAGAUCGA